AUGAGAGCCGCACCAAUCCGGGCCGUUGUCGGCCUCUCCCUAGCCUCCUUGGCUUCCGUGACCACGGCAUUCCCUCUGUGUGCCCUGGACUGCUUCGACUACCUCAUGACCACCUACCCUCCCCUCACCUGCACCGAGGAGAACAUGUUCCUCUGCUUCUGCAAGAGCACGUUCCUCGCCCUCUCCUACCGGGACUGCGCCUGCGCCAACUGCACCGCCGCCGACGCCCCCGAGGCGAUCCAAUACGGCCUGGACGUCUGCGGUGCUUACAAUGCUCCGAUCAACUGGCUCCCGACCACCUGCCCCAAGUAG